AGUGCACAUGUAAAUGCAAGUACGGUAGUGAACGGUACCUGACAAUGGCGCAUAUACGGCUAUGCGCCUUGGCUUUACUAAUUGUUCUAGUAACGAUAUACGUCCUACCGGAAUCGACGGAAGCAACUGAAAUCGAAGACGAGAGGAAAAAUGCCGGAGAAGAGGAUCAACUCGUGCUCAGUCGACAGAAGCGGGGGAAAGGUGGGAGAAAGAAAAACAAAGACAAAAGUUCAUCUGAUGACGUAGACGAGGACGUUGAAAGUAGUGAUGAAAGUGAAGGCAGUAAAGAAAAACGAAAAGGUAGAAAAAAAGAUGAAAAGGGAAGCGGUAGUAGUAGUAAAGAAAGUGGUAGUAAAGAAAGAAAAAACAGGGACAAAGAUAAAAAAGAAAGUGGUAGUAAAGAAAGAAAAGACAGAAACAAAGAUGAAAAAGAAAGUGGUAGUAAAGAAAGAAAAGACAGGGACAAAGAUGAAAAAGAAAGUGGUAGUAAAGAAAGAAAAGACAGGGACAAAGAUGAAAAAGAAAGUGGUAGUAAAGAAAGAAAAGACAGAGACAAAGAUGAAAAAGGAAGCGGUAGUAAAGAAAGAAAAGACAGGAAAAGGGAAAAAGGUGAGCGAAACAAAGGAACAAAGGGGGGAAAAGGAUGCACAGGGAAACGUGACGCUCUGUUCGGUGACACGUGUUACCGGUAUUUCCAUGGAAGAGUCGAUUUUGAAAAAGCCAACAAACGAUGCAGCCGACGCGGUUCUGUCAUGGCCAGCGUUCGAAGUGCGGAAGAAGCGGAAUUUAUCAAGACGAGCAUGUCCUCCUUCUUUGAAAAAUUACGAAAACGGAAAAAAUUUAGUAAGCGCUUUCCUCCGAGUCAAUCUGUGUGGGUUUCUGCACAAAACGUUGAUGGCGGUUGGAGUUGGGCAAAUGGUGACGAGUGGUCGUACGAUGAUUGGGAUCCGAAUCAACCAGGAGCCGACACGUGUGCGGCGUUGAAUGAGACUCCGGAUUGGAAACUUGCCACCAUGGAAUGUUCAACUGAAGCAGGCGUUUUGUGUCGAAAAGAACCUGGUGAUGAAAAAAGGAUGAGAGCAGCAAGGGGAAGGAGUCCGAUAGACCCAACAAAGGAUUGUUACUGCCGUGCAUACGGAGAUGUACACUAUUUCACGUUUGAUGGGCGGCGCCAUGAUUUUAUGGGUGACUGCACCUAUCUGCUCGUCGAAGACCUGCUUAACGGACAGUUUAAAGCUGAAUCGAAGAAUAACUACCGCUCCGGAAAGAAACCCACGGUCACGUUACAGGACUAUGUCAAUGUCUAUGCAUUCGGACAUGUUGUUAAGUUGGAUCAAGGCAAAAUUGUUUAUCUGGACGGAGUCCGACAAGAACUUCCACUUAAUCCUGAAACAGGAUUUGGUAUUGAAUUAACUGGGAAUUGGGUAUUGGUAUCGACGUCAUAUGGUUUCUGGUUGAUGUGGGAUGGAGUUAGUAAAGUUCAAAUUGGUGUACCAAAAUCUUAUGCUGGUCAAUUGCAAGGAAUGUGUGGUGACUGUGACGGCGAUAUUAGCAAUGAUGGCGAGCACAAGAACCCAAAUCCGUGGGGAAAUCGGUGGAAAGUCGAGUCAAGCUGUGCAGACGUAGUAGUAGACCCCCCUCACUGCAGCGAUGAAGAUGAAAUGGCGCUCGAAGCCAAAGACAAGUGCGGUAUGAUCGUUGACCCAGAUGGGCCGUUUGGUGAAUGUGCAACUAGCGACAUCGUAAAAGAUCAAAGAGAAGAAGCCCACCAUUCCUGUGUGUUCGACAUGUGUCACCUAGGGGACGAGGACCAGCUAUGCGGUGCAUUGGCAGAAUUCAUGAAAGUGUGUAGAGUAUACGGAUUCGAGCCAGAAUCGUUCAGGAAUCCCGACUUCUGUGCUUACUCGUGUGGAAGUAAUUCAGUUUACUCACACUGUACCACUACCUGUCCUUCUAAUUGUGUUUAUGGCGAAACUUAUGACUGCAAUGAAGCGUGUGACGAAGGGUGUGUGUGCGAUGAGGGUUAUACACUUAGUGGCACAGAAUGUGUUAAACAAGAAGAAUGUGGCUGCGUUGACGACGAUGGAAAGUAUCACAAGGCUGGCGUUGAAUGGAUGAAACCGGACUGUAGUGGCACGUGUACAUGCGGAGACGAAGGCGAACCUGAAUGUAAUGACAUGUCGUGUAACAAUGAUGCCUUUUGUGGAACGAAAGAUGGCUUAUUUGGAUGUCAUUGCAAUGAUGGUUACCAAGGUGACGGAAUACAAACCUGUGAACAAUCUGAAAUUCCUGUUCCAGAAGUACGUGCACAAGGAAUCCCAGAGGACGGCGUGUGUAACGAACAACCCGCACCUGUCAAAUCAUGUGGUGUAAAGAAAGUCGGCGUACAAGUAUCCUGCGGAGAAGGCCGCAUUGUUAUAAAAAAUGUAACGUACGGACGAAGCGCCGGUGACAUGGGCUGUGACGAGGGUCCGGUGCCAUCCGACGAAUGCAAAGCACCAAAUGCAUUGAGUGUGGUACAGAGACAGUGUGACGGCAAACACGAAUGCCCGGUAACUGCGAGAAAGAAUUUCGGAAAAGAUGGAUGCAGUAAGAAGGAGAUGAAAUUCCUCACUAUCAAUUAUGAAUGCAAUUGUCAAUCGGAUACUAACGCAGAAAUCCAGCCAGCUGCCGCAGCUCCAGCCCUAGAUAUGCCUCAAAUAAUUGAGUGCAAGUCAAAUGAAUUUCAAUAUGAAGGAACAUGUUAUCGAUUCAUCAAACGCCAACGACAAUUCCAAAGUGCUGCCAAAGUAUGCAAUAGAAGAGGCUACAUGAUAGCCAGCGUGCGCAGUGAAGGAGAACACGAGUUUCUUAAGACGACUAUUGCCGACCUUGCAAACAAGAAGAAGAAGAAGAAGCGAGAAAAUAGUGGCAGCAGCUCGAAGGAAAGAAAGCGCAAAGGAGGGAAAGGCAAAAGGAAGGAAGGCAGAAAACGAAAAGAAAGGAAGCGAAAUCAAAAGGAGAUAACGCAUUGGUGGGUUGGAGGUCAUAAAGUGGAUGAUGAAUGGGAGUGGAUAAACGAUGAUGACUGGUCGUAUGACGGUGCCUGGAGUACUAACGAGCCAGGCGAACAAGAAUGUACUGGUUUGAGUAAAGACGACGAAUGGAAUAUGACGACAAUGGAUUGUAACACAGAAACGGCAGUCGUUUGCCGUAGAGGGCCCGGUGAUGACGAGAAGCUAAGGAAAGCAAGGGGACGUUCUGCUCGAGAUCCCACGAAUGAAUGCUAUUGCCGUGCAUAUGGCGAUCCUCAUUAUUUUACCUUUGAUGGACAACGCCAUGAUUUUAUGGGAAAUUGUACUUACUUACUAGUUGAAGACAUGCUGCAUGACCCGCCUUAUUUCCGGGCACAAUCUAAAAACGAUUAUCGGGAGGGCAAGAAACCCACUGUUACUCUGCAGUUAUAUGUCACCGUGUUUGUAUACGGUCACGUCAUCACCUUAAAUCAAGAUAAAAAGAUACUGCUCGACGGAAAUGACAUCAAUUUACCAUCAAGUUCUGUAGACGGCCUGAACAUAGAAUUAGCCGGUCGGUGGGUAUUAGUGUCGACAGCUCUCGGGUUCUGGUUACAAUGGGACGGAGUUAGUAAAGUUCAAAUAGGAGUACCAAAAGAAUAUGCAGGGAAUCUGCAAGGCAUGUGUGGAGAUUGUGACGGAGAUAAAAAUAAUGAUGGCGAGAGAGGAAAUUCUAACCCUUGGGGAAAUAGUUGGAAAGUUGAGCAAAGCUGUGGUGAUGUUCUAAUUCAGCCAGAACAAUGCAGUGCUGAUAAGGUGGAGGCUUUCGAAGCAGAUGACAAAUGUGGAAUGAUAUUAGAUCCUAACGGACCUUUCGGAGAUUGUGCAGUGAACAGUAAGGUUGAGGAAGAAAGGGAAACGAUUCACCAUUCUUGUCUGUUUGAUACGUGUCACUUGGGCGAUGAGGACCAGCUUUGUGCCGCGUUGACUGAGUUCAUGAAAAUUUGUCGGGACUAUGGAUUUAUGCCAAAAACAUUUAGGACUACGGAUUUCUGUCCUCUUACUUGUCAACCUUAUUCCCGUUAUAACCCGUGCAUGUCCACGUGUACUCCUAACUGUGUUUAUGGCAAAACUCCUACGUGUCCUGAUGCCUGUGACGAAGGAUGUGAAUGCAUGGAGGGAUACAUCCUAAGUGGCAAUGACUGUGUACCGGAAGAGGAAUGCGGUUGUGUUGACGACGCUGGUGGAUAUAGAAAGAAUGGUGAAACAUGGAUGACGACAGACUGUAGUGGCGAAUGCUCUUGUGAGACCGGAGGCGAAGUCGAGUGUUUCGACGUCACUUGCCACCCCGAUGCCUACUGUGGAACAAAAGAAGGCCGAUUCGGAUGUCAGUGUAAUGAUGGAUAUCAAGGAGAUGGCAUAGAAUCAUGUGAAGGAUCAUCACUACCUGUAAUAGAGCCAGCCGGUAUGCAAGUAGUCGCUACAUCUCCUUCUGUCACUGACUAUCCACCUGAUGAAGCAGAGGCGUUUCCAAAACAAGUCGCUCCCAUUGCAGUCGACGAACCUGCUUUUGAAAGUGCACAGGAUUGUUCAGUUGAUAAAGGAAUACAGACUACAUGUGGUACCAAAGGCAAGAGAGAUAUGAAUAUUCAACUACUAUGUGAGAAAGAUCAGUCUAUUCAUAUUAAAAGCGCUAGCUAUGGUCGGACAGCUGCUUUUGCUGCGACAACACCACCUCUCCCAGACGAAGAUGAGGAAGUGAAGGACUUGGAGCCUGCAGUUGAAGUAGAAGUGCGCCUGAGUGUUAUGACGAGAUGCCAGCGGAAAACAGAUGUGGAAUCAAACCAAAAGGCUUAUCAAUUCGACUGGAAUGCGAAGAAGGACA